AUGAAAAGAAUGAUGAAUGGUGGCAGCGUUGGGAGGCAAGAAAAUAAGCAAUGGUUGUUAAUCCAUGGUCCUCGUUUCUUGACAAUCUUACUGGUGAUAUCCAUGAUCCACGUAGCAGCAAGUCAGAACAAGAUGAGUACUCUUGAUCAAGGUUUGAACAAGAUUCGAUCCCCAAGAUAUGUCAAGACAACAGGCCAAAAUAACAACCAAUCUAGCAGGGUUUGUAACACCACGGAAUGUAUUAAGGCAGCCAAACGAAUCAAAAGUUCGAUGAACACUACUGUAGACCCUUGUGAUGACUUUUAUGAGUACGCUUGUGGGAGAUGGCUGCAAAACACUACAUUGCCAAAUCGUAAACCUUUUUCAUUCUACGAGAUAAGUGACGAAAUUAAAGAUAAAAAGAAAAGGUUUUUGACAGAUAUUUUAGAAACAGGGAAAAUAUCGAUAACAAUCAAGGGAGCGAAAAAAAGUCUCGUUAAAUUGCCUUUAAGCUUGUACCAAUCGUGUAUGAAUCAGAAAGCCAUUGACAAUGUUGGUGUGCAACCUUUGAAGGAACGGAUCAAUGAUUUGGGAGGCUGGAGCAUGGUGGAAGAAGACAGAAUCUGGAACGAGGAUAGCUGGAACUUCAAUACAACAAUUGGCUUCAUUCACAAGAACUACCAGUCUAAGGGAGGGCCGUUAUUUUCCUUAUACGCCCACACCAAACAGAAACCUGAUCCAUAUUCCAUCUAUAUCGAUCAGCUUGAAUAUGAAGAACAAGAUCCUCAAAAGGCGGCAAACAGAACUGCAGCUGAAAAGAAAUACAUCACUGAUGUGGUGAAAUUUUUGGGCGGAAACAGGAGCAUCGCAAUUAAAGUACAAGAGCUUCUCGACUUUCAGAACAAACUUAAAGAAGGUUUGACUGAUCCUGAUGAAAAUCCAAUGAGGAAUUUGACACUUGAUCAAUUACAGCAGGAAGUACCACAAUUCAAUUGGAGUAAGCACUUAAAUCAUAUUUUUGCGCCUCACAAUAUUACUGGGACCGAGAUUAUUCACGUGGCACUACCUUACCUCAGAAGGACUAUGGAACUGGUACAGAAUGCGUCAAAGAGUGUUUUAUCCAAUUACCUGGUAUGGCACGUGAUCAAGAAGGAGGUGGCUUAUCUGUCCACGCCUUACAGGCGGGCAUAUUCAAGCUUCAUUAAUGAAACAGCCAUUUCUACAGCCAAACACAGGCUAAAUUGUCUCGAUGAAGCUGAAUUGAACUUUAACGACAUAUUAGAAGCUGCAUACAUCACAAUUUAUGGCAAGAAGAAGAAAAAGAUCGAAAAUAUGGUAAAACAACUGACAAAUGAUAUACGCCAAGCCAUUAAAGAAAACAUAAACUCACUGACCUGGCUUGAUACCGACACUAGAAGGAAAAUGACUGAAAAGGUUGACAAAAUGAAAAACGAAAUUGGCUUUCCUGACUAUCUUUCAAGCCCUGCCAAAGUUAAUCAGAUAUUUCAGAAAUACAAUAGUCUCACCCUCAAAAAAGAUGAAUAUUUCAAAAACAAAAUAGUCACAUCAAAGUUCAAUCACCAACAAAUGUUGAUGAAAUUUAGGCAACCUGGUGUCAUUGAUAGGUGGUCAGUGUUUGCUCACGAGGGUGAAGAUGGGCCUUUUUAUUUGGUUGAUUAUAAUUUGCUAAUUCAGCCGUUAGCCAGCCUGGAACCACCUUACUUUUAUGAAAAUGGAUUCCUAAGGGCAUUUAAUUUUGGCGCCCUUGGUGCUAAAAUUGGGCUACAAAUCAGUUAUGGCUUUGGUCCCGAUGGAAGGAAACAUGACAAGAAUGGACAACGCUUCUCGACUGGUCAGGGGUGGUCAAUGAGAUCACUACGGAAUAUUGAGAUCAAGGGACGGUGUUUUGCCAGGCAGUACUCCCAGUACAAAUUGUUCGGAAGAUGGCAGGUCAACGGCAACUACACUUUCGAAUAUAAUAUCGUAGAAAACGGUGGUUUAAAAGCGGCCAAUAAGGCAUAUCAUGAUUGGGCACAACGAAAUCCCAGGGAAACAUGGUUGCUACCAAAGCUCGCUCUAACAAACGAGCAGCUGUUCUAUACAGCGUUUGCUCAGACGUAUUGCCGCAAGGGAACUCCUGAGGGACUUCACAAAGCUUUUAUUGAAGAUGGAUCCUAUGAUAACAAAUUUGGGUAUGGACAUAUACACUAUGUUAUUUACGCAAAAAGAAAGACGCUUAGAAAGCGCCGUAAGCACUCAAGAAGUGUGAGAAGCACUCGCAUAUACGGCUCGUGCUUCUCCUUACACUUCUUUCAUGCUUAA